CCUAGUGGGGAAAAAAAAAAGAAAAGAAAAAAGAAAAAAGAGAGAGAGAAAGAAAGAAAAUGUAAAAAUACCUUACAGUUAGACCAGCUUUGUACUCAAAUAUCUCUUGGCAAGAUCUGUUCACAAACUAGCAAAUCCCUGCUGCCCCCUGUCCUCAGAAUAAAAACUUGCUCUGUGUACUCAAAACAGUCUGAAACUAAAGUGAAGAAAAAAAGUUACUGGAGUGUGUCCAGAUGAGAAACUGAAACUGUUCUUCUUCUUGCUGGAAACCGAAAGUUAACUCAGUCAACAUGGAUUCCAAAGCUCAGAGCAAGAGAAUCAUCACGGAUGUUGAGACAUGGGAGAAGACAUUUCAAGAACUGAUCUGGCAGGAGAAACCCCGGGCCAGAUGGACCCUGAAAAUGGAUGGGAACCUUCAGCCAAACUCCGUGGCUCUAGGGUGGAAGCAAUACCAGCAGAGAGCUUUUGGCAGGUUUCACUGUUCCUCAUGCCAUCGAAGCUGGGCUUCUGCCCAAGUACAGGUACUAUGUCACAUGAAUCUGGAGCACCAGAAGUCCCAGGGCCAGGUGCGUAUGCGGCUCUUUGGUCAGAGGUGCCGGAGGUGUUCCCGGUCUCAAUUUGAGAAGCCUGAGUUCUCCAUGCAGAGUACAGAGAGGAUCCUGACAAACCUGGUACAGCGUAUUCUAGAGCGAUUCUACAGAAACGGCAUCAGGAAGGUCUCAGAGAUACCAGUGAUCCUGGAGUUGCCUUUGGUUGGAUCCCACGACAAGGUCAACUGUGAGGCAUGCGUUUUGGGCCACUGUGUACAGAACUUACAAAACAGUGUGACAGAGUCAGCCAAACCUCCUCUCUUCUUGGAAAUUGGGAGUUCUUCUCCUUGCAUUGGUGACCUUUGUGGCCAAAACCGAGCCAGAAACCGGUCAACUGAGGAAAAGGAGUCUCCAAGGAGUGGAUGUUCUCAUGUCCAUAAGAGCUCAGGGCCCUGCCAUGCCACCACUGGGAUCCAAGGGCCUAGAGCAGGACUUCAGCCCAAACAGGAGAUGGGCCGACCGCUCAUUCGAGGGGCAGACCAGCAGGCCACACACAAAACAACCCCACAGCUCAUCCGAGUAGCAGGAUCACUUCCCCCAGGGUGGACAGACCCACGGCCCAUACAAGUAGUAGGUCCACUACCUACAGGGUGGGCUCAUUCACAAUCCACUCUGGGAACAGGACCACAGGCCCCCCGGAGGACAUAUUCUCAGGCUGUGAGAAUGGCAAGCCAACAGUCAACACAGGAGGCACAAGCCACAAAAGGGGCAGGUCUUCAGGCCACAAAGGUGACAGACCCACAGCCUGCAAGGGGGACAAUCCCAAGGGCCACAUCAGGGUCAGACACUCAGGCUACAGGGAAGGCAAGUGCCCCACCACUGGGGUCAAGCUCACGGCCCACAAUGGGGGAAAUCCCCAAGGUCACAUCAGGAUCAGACACUCAGGCUACAAGGAAGGCAAGUGCCCCACCACUAGGGUCAAGCUCACGGCCCACAAUGGGGGCAAUCCCCAAGGUCACAUCAGGAUCAGACACUCAGGCUACAAGGAAGGCAAGUGCUCCACCACUGGAGUCAAGGUCACAGCCCACAAUGGGGGCAAUCCCCAAGGUCACAUCAGGACCGGACACUCAGGCUACAAGGAAGGCAAGUGCCCCACCACUAAAAUCAAACUCACGGCCCACACAGGGGACGGGCCCCAUAGCUACACAUGAGUCUGAGACCUUCAGUGGAAGUCAAGCUGCCUGGGGCAAGCAGGAGAGGCGCUCACCCAGAGGGUCUGCUCCAGACAGCUUUUUCAGAUUAUCUCCCUCAAUGCCACCAAAUGAUCCCUUUGGCCAGGAGCAGCUCAGGUGGGGCACUGUCUGUGCCUGUGUUGUUGCUCUGUUUACCUUUCUUGUAUCUAAAUACUUAUAAGUAGAACAAUGUAAAAGACUUUUCUCUUGUCUUAAUUUCAAAAUAAUCAGUGAACUGGCUACCUUUUUUUUUUUUUUUUUUUUUUUUUUUUUUGUCUUUUUUGCUAUUUCUUUGGGCCACUCCCACGGCAUAUGGAGGUUCCCAGGCUAGGGGUCCAAUCAGAGCUGUAGCUGCCAGCCUACGCCAGAGCCACAGCAAUGCAGGAUCCGAGCCGUGUCUGCAACCUACACCACAGCUCACGGCAACGCCGGAUCGUCAACCCACUGAGCAAGGGCAGGGACCGAACCCGCAACCUCAUGGUUCCCAGUCGGAUUUGUUAACCACUGCGCCACGAUGGGAACUCCCUGGCUACCAUUUUAAUAUGACAGAAUUUGCUUUGGGACCAAUGCAGGGUCAGGUUUAUAGAAUAAGCAUUGGUUCCUUUGCAGAUGGCUUAAAACAUGACCUAGCAAAUAAUGGUUCCAAUAAUAAGUAUUUGUUAAAUCAUUAACAGAUUUUUACUCAUUCAUUCACUCAUUUAUUGAUACCAAUACAUAUAGACCAUAUCUUGACAAGAACUGAGGGUCCUGCGUGUUAUCAGAAAGUUAUUAUAAUAAGCUGAAAAUGACUUCUCAAAAAUGUCCAUGUGCUAAUUUCCAGAACCUAUCAUAUGUUACCUUACAUGGCUAAAGUAACUUUUCAGAUGUGAUAAAUUCGAGAGUACUGAGAUAAGAAGAUUGUCCUAUAUUAUCCAGAUAAGCCAAAUGUAAUCACAUGGGUCCUUAUAGGAGGGAGGCAAGAUGGUCAAGGUGAGAAAAAGGGAAUUUAAUGUUAGAACCAUAAGUUGAAGUGAAGGAAGAUGGAGGAAGGUGUCGUGAGCCAAGGCAUGCGGGCAACUUUUAGAAGCUCCUAAAGGCAAAGGAACAUAUUCUCCCCUACAGCCUCCAGAAAGAACCAGCUCUACUGACACAUGACUUUAGUCAAGUGAGGAUGAUUUUAGACUUAUAACCUCCAGAACUAUAAGAUAGUAGAUUUGUUUUUUUUUUUUUUUAAGGAACUAAAUUCAUGGUAAUAUUUUGUAGCACUAACAGGAAACUAGUUAGAGUUACCAGUAUCACUGCAGGGAUUAGGCAAUUAUGUUUUAGAUACGCUUCAGUUUUAUCCAAAACAAAACAGCAUUUUAUAGAUUAGAAAUAUCAAUAUACCCAUCUGCUCUUAUUCUUUUUUCUCUCCUAUUUAAACCCACCAAAUAGCCCCAUCUUAUAAAGAUUUUCUAUGUAAGAACUUGUCAGUCCUGAGAUCUUGUGGUGCAUGGCUACAUCUUUCACACUCUAUUUCCAUCUGUCUAUUAGGCAAUUCUAUAUGCUCUCACACUGCCAUUUCAACAUUCCCACAUUCAAAAUUAAGCUCAGCAGCAUCUCUGACUUGUUCUAAUUUGUCCCAUCACCUAAGCUUAUCACUUUUAGAGUCACCUUAAACUUUUCCUCCCUGUCACCAAUUCUUAUUGUCCCUUCUUUUGCCAAGUUGCUCCCAUCUCUUCCUACCAUGUUUCACCAUGGUAGGAACUUGGAUUACUGAAAUAAUGAGGGGAUUUGGAUUUUAUCUCAUGGGCAAAAGGAAGUCAUUGCAAGCAUCUGAAAUUAUGGGUAAUUUGGUAGAAUCACAUUUUGAUAAUAAUGUAUAUCUGGGGAAAGAAUAGAGUAUAGGACAGAAACAGUAAGGAGUCUGGUUUGAGAAAGGAAAGUGGUAAACACAGGGAAGGAUACUUAGAGAUAAUGAAUAUCUUGAAGGAAUUUGAAGACAGUGAAGUGCAAGAUGCAGGAAAAUCCAGGAAUGAAUACUUUUCCUUUUUUUCCUGACCACCUCUUUUAAUUUCCUCUCAAACCACUCAUAUCAGCACUCUCCUUUUAUAUAUGCCCCCACCCCAAACCACCCUACUAAAUAUUUGCAUUACUCCUGUUUUUAUAUCUUUUUGGUUUCUUCACAAAGAACAUUUGGGGAUGAGACUUUAUUUCUAGCCUGAUUGUAUGAUAUGACCCUGGGCAAGUCAAUAUCCUUCUCUGAGCCUCAGUUUCUCCAUCCGUAAAGUAGGUUAGUAACUUCUACUUAAACGUGGAGGAUUGAACACAUGCAUUUCCUUCUGAUCUCUCUUAAAAUCCUACUAUGUGAUAGUAAAAGAGGAAAAAAAGGCAUCAACACACAAGGACUAGAAAACUAAUUAUCCAAUGAUAGGUAACUGACUUAGCAGAGUAGAGAAAUUUGGAAUUCAAGUUAGGCAAGGGAAAAUCAAGGUGCAAAGCAAUUCAUGUAGCACAAUUUCAGAAAGGCUUAAAUGUUAUAGGCAAGAAGUAGCUCUCGGAAGGUGGAUCUUAAGAAGCCUGAAGUGGGAGGAUUGGUUUAAAGCCAUUAUAACAAGUUCCUUUUACCCACUCCUAUGCAUCCUGGUAACUACUCUUAGCUCACUCCAGGAUGAAGAAUGGGUUUAUUCUCCGAAGACAUCGACCCAGAGGGACUCUGGCCUCAGGCACUUGGGCAUAGCUAAAAGAGGGACUACCACCUAGCAAAGAUAGUGAAACUCUACAUACUGACUAGAUGCAUUCCCUUAGCUCACUACCAAACCUAAAACUCAGAAUUAUAUCCUACCCACCCUUCCCUAAAAUACACAGAGAAUGAGAGUUCCCUUGUGGAGUGGGAAAUAAAGAAACCAUCAUUGUCACCGCAGUGGCUCAGGUUCAAUCCCUUGCCCAGGAACUUUCACAUGCCACAGGUACAGCCAAAAAACAAACAAAAUAUACACAGAGAAUGGACUGUUUCUCAUUGGGAAAGCUGGUCAGCUCAGGAGAGAGGGAAAAAAAAAACCAUAUGCUGAAACAGAGGAAGGAGGUUCAAUGGAAUAACCAACUCAGUUCAUGUAGCACUGUGGUACGUAUUUACUGAAAAAUAGUAAGAGUCAACUGUAUAUGUAAACUACAAGAAUAAUAAGGGUGCAAGGAAAGUGGGUUGUGUUUUUGACUAAAACAAGGUAUGAGAUGUGGAGAUGCAUUUUUGUUAGCAGAAAAGAAAGCAAUUUUGUCCUAAAGUAAAACUGAUUAUUUCAGAAUGGAAAAGAGAUAAACAGAGAAGUAGAGGUCAUACUACAGAGAGAGAGAGGAAAAAAAAAGAGAGUGGGAAAUUUUACCUUGUCUAAUCAAUUGGCUAAAAUUGAACUGUUAUUAAAAGCCCUUUUAAAAUGAUUUAAUAUUAAUGGUGUACUCACAUAAAACUUAAACUUCAUUUUUUUUCUAUCUACUGAAAAGACAAAGAUACUGGAUUAUUGGUCUGCUUCUGAUAAAAUAUUGUGAAAGGUUGUUCUUUACCUAUUAAGUAAUAUGCCUGAAAAACAGAAGUUCUGUACCUUAUCAAAAUAACUUCCCAUGCUUCAUGUCAUUUUAAUCAGGACUUUGGUAACUGAAUCUUCUCAACAUUAAAAUAGUGAAAUUUUGUUAACAACUAUAUAACCUUUCCCUUUGAAGUACUUUGUCACUUUGUCAAAUACAUAAUUAAGUAUUAUUUCAUAAUGAUCUGUGAUCCUAUUUAGUCAAGUGUUUAAACCUUUUGAUAUUUUUGACAAAUAUCUCCAAAUUAAACUCUAAAUGAAUUCUUUUUGACCUCACACUACCUUUAUGAGUUUUUAGAGGGCCCCUGGAACACCUCAAAAAACUUGUAGAGAAGAGAUCCUUAUAGAGAAGAGAUCCUGAAUUGAUUAGGCUUGUUCGAUAUGUUGGAUUACAUGUGAAGUAUUACCAAAUAAACUAUGCUAAAGUUUCUUAGGUUACAAAGAUACUGGAUUAUUGGUCUGCUUCUGAUAAAAUAUUGUGAAAGGUUGUGAAAGGUUGCUACAUGUUUGUCAAUAUAAGUUUUCUAGAAAUUGUAUGAACUCUGAUAUGUCAUGGUAUGUUACGACUUUUAAUCCUAGUCAUUAUUUUUAAGUGCUAUGUGUCACAGAAAUAAGAAAGUUUCCUGUCAAUUGCAUUCUGAAUAAUUCUCAUGAGAUAUUUAACCAU